GUGCCCCGAGGACUCCAGAUCUGACGUGGAUUUGGGCGAGUGGCAGUGGCAGAGCGAGGGCGACGCUGCGCUCAGCUGUGCUGUGCCAGCUGUCCGUGUACAUUGAAGCCAACUCAAAGUGGACGCCGAUCCCAGCCGUCGAGCUCCAAACAAAACAAACGUCUUGUCCCGUUGAUCUGUGCCACCCCCAGGCCGAGCCAACCCGGCCCCGUCACAAUGUUCCUGUGGGACUGGUUCGCCGGCGUCCUGGGCUACCUGGGCCUCUACAAGAAGUCGGGCAAGCUGCUCUUCCUGGGCCUGGACAAUGCUGGUAAGACGACGCUGCUCCACAUGCUGAAGGACGACCGGUUGGCGCAGCACGUCCCGACGCUGCACCCCACCUCGGAGGAGCUCUCCAUCGGCAACAUGCGCUUCACGACGUUCGACCUGGGCGGUCACCACCAGGCGCGCCGCGUCUGGAGAGACUACUUCCCGGCCGUGGACGCGAUCGUGUUCCUGGUGGACGCGUGCGACCGCGACAGGUUCGUCGAGAGCAAGAGGGAGAUGGACGGCCUGCUGACGGACGAGCAGCUGAGCAACUGCCCCGUCCUGAUCCUGGGCAACAAGAUCGACAGACCGAACGCUGCGUCAGAGGAUGAGCUGCGCCACUACUUCCAACUGUACGGGAAGACCACUGGCAAGGGCAAGGUGGCCAGGUCAGACCUCCAGGAGAGACCCCUGGAACUCUUCAUGUGCUCUGUGCUGAAGCGCCAGGGCUAUGGAGAGGGAUUCCGCUGGUUGGCUCAGUACAUCGACUGAAGAGGGCAGAGCGUUGACUGGAACGUGAUUGUGCGCCUACUCUGUACGAGCUACUUAAACAGAACUCAAGACUAUGGUUAUAAUCAGCUUCCUGCUUUGAGCAGCAAUAUUUGAUAAUGUUCUUCUUUGGAUCAUGCUGUAAUUGUGUCUUGUGCGGCGGAUCUAAGAAAAUAUUGUUUCAAUACGGACAGGUCCAGCCCUUUCUUCUGCUCAAAGUACUGUCAAAAUGUAAAUUUUAUACCUGCACUCAUCCUGUUAUGCCUACUUGAUUAAUUUUGUAAUUCCAUAUUGAUUUGUUAUGUUUGAAGCUACUACAAUUUUUUUUCAAGAAGUAUUUUUUAGAGAGCCACAUUCCUCACAGUUGCCCCUGAAGACAGACUGAACUAUUUAUUUCUGUGAUUUCAGUGUAUGUGGCCAAUAUUUAGAAACCCUGAAUUUUUCAGAAGUGGGUGCAUGUCUUGUCAACAAUUAUGUAUAUUAAGCAGAGCGAAGGAGGAUGCUUGAGGGUACCUAUCAAAAUUUUGUAAUUUUAUAUUGGAACUAGAAAUCUAUCCAACACCUGACUCAUAUCAUACAGGCUAUUAUAAACAACAAGCAAAUUUUUUGUGUUGAAUUGAUAGCCUAGACUUGUUGAAAAUUAGUGUAUGAACGGGUCUAAUUUUUCUUUUGUGCUAUAUGAUACACAUUUUUAAUUGUUAUCUAAGCUGUUAAAAUGGUAGCUUUAUUUGUAAAUCUACCAAUUAUUUUAUCUAACCUGAAUGUGGGCGAGGAAGCAUUCCUUUAAGUUGCUGAAAGAUGGAAAUUUGUACUUGGUGCCUGAUGCUUUGAUGGAUUCCUGUCAAAUUUCCUCACUUCCAGUCAAUAAGAUAUUUUCUGUGAUUCAAUGAUUUCAGGUAUCAUUCAAAUCUAAAAUAACACUGUUCUUAGAGAUAUUUAUGAACAUUUUAAAUUAAAUUAUACCUUGUACAAA